GGAGGUUUCAUUUGGACAGGAGGAGGGAGACACCAUGAAGCUGUUGUGUAUUUCUGACAUGAACGACGACACACCGCGAUAUCUCAGUGCUACAUCUGUUUCUUUAACAUUUUAUUGUUUGCUUUAGUAAAUGUAAUAUGGGAAAUACAAUUUUUCGUACAGAAAUUUAUUAUUUUCUCGCAAUGCGCUCAGUAUCCUAACUGUCGGUUCAUAUAUACAACUUCAAGACAAGCAUUUAUAUUGGAAAAAUUUAAAUAUAUUUAACAAACGAUGACAAACGCGAAGACUUGGCUUCUGCUUCUGUUAUAUGCGCUCGUCUCCAUGGUGAAAGGUUUAGCGGAUUGUCCAACGCCUGUUCUGAACACCACCUAUCUCUUGUCUGAGGAGUCCUUACUGAAGAACAGCUUCCCGGAUCAUUCCGAAGCUGUCCUGCAAUGUGCCAAUGGAUACAUUUAUGAGGCAGGGUCGACUUCAAUCCUCUGCACGGAUGGGAAAUGGAGUGAAGUGGAAUUGAAAUGCAAAAAAAAAGACUGUGGAGUACCCAAUGCUUCACCUCAUAUGACUUACAAGAUGCCGGAUGGAACGUUGUUUGGCGCAUAUGCAAAACCCACAUGUGAGAAGGGAUAUCGCCUACAAGGAUCAAGCUACAGGCAGUGUCUUGUGCACGGCUGGACCGGAAGGCCAAAAUGUUUACUGAUCACUUGCGAGCAGCUUGCUGAAAUUGAACAUGGAAAGAUACUUACACAACUGGAUCAGAUUUUAUUGGACCAAGUCAUUGAAUUUUCAUGUGAUGCUGGCUAUGUCCUUGUUGGAGAAAAAAGCAUUACAUGUGAUGAAUAUGGGGAAUACAGUUCACCACCACCAACAUGUAAAGGUAUGAAAACUAUUAAUUGUACAGUUCCAGAAGUUAUGUCUGGUAUCCAGAUUAAAGGAAGACCCCCUUACUCCUAUAAAAGUCAAGCCACAUUUAAAUGCUUGUCGGGUUACAGCAUGAACGGUUCACACACUGCGGUGUGUGAAGAGAGAGGCUGGUCUCCUCUUCCGGUCUGCGUUAAAGACAUCAUUGUACACACAACAGCAAGCAUAACUAGCAUACCCACAAACACAACAAUUUUGUCUGGAAGUCAAGAGGAAAAGCGUAUUGCUUAUCCAAGUAGUGUCAUUAUCAUUGUGGUUUGCUUCGUGUUAGCUGUCAUUUUUUUAAUAUGUGGUAUUAUAUAUGUAUUCUGUCAAAACAAACAAAAAGGUUCAUACAAUACCGGUGAAGAACGCAGGACAAAAGGAGAAUUAUUACCUAGUCAAAGUAAACUCAAGAAUUUUCAACUAUAGGGCAAACAGUCGGACUGCCCCCCUGGGUUAGGAUGCAUCUGUUCCUACAAGUGGAUAUGCACAGUGUUAACUCUUAAUGUAGUUUUUAAACUAUCUAUUAUUUAUUUAAAAUAUUGUACUUUCUAUAUGUUGAAAUAUAUUCUAUAUGAUCAAAUAAAAAUUACUUAUUUUUCCAACUUAAAUUUUCUCCAAAAAGUUGAAAUUGUUUAAAUAUUUUAGGUAUUACCAAGUGAAGUAAUUUUUAACCUUUUAUUUUUCACCUUUAAGUUUUAAUUUAUUUUUCUUAUGUACAGCAGCUUUCACUUUUUACAGUAAAAUUGCUAAAACACUAUAUUUUUAUAUGUUUAUAAAGUUUUUAUACCCUUCAAUGUUCAUGUAUGUGUUUCUUUCUCUCAUUUCCAUUUCCAGCCUCCUCCCAAAGUAUCUAUGUUUCAGAGUAUUACUGAAAAGUUUCCUCAUAAAAUGUGAAUUUAGUGAGACAAA